AUGAUACGUUAAAUGAUAUGAUGCAAAUGAAAGUAGAAACACAAACUACGCCGCAAGCAACAGAGCAGCCAGAGCCUGAAACUACAACUAGAAAAUGCGAAAAACUCGAUCUGGAUUUCGAGAAAAACAUUUUGGAAGGGAAGCUGAUAAGUUUACUGAAUCCAACGCCCGAACAAAUUGUGCAAUUGAAAGCGGCUCUCAAUGAAUCAUUCAAUGACUAUAUCAUCAAAUUAUCCGAUCAAGUUCAUUGCACAUAUCCUACAAAAUUAGCGAUCCCAGAAAUAACAACAGCAGCAACAACAACAACUACCAUCACAACCACAGCACCAACAACACCACCAUCAACGACUAGAAGCACCACAACGACAACAACCGUUGCACCCAUUGUGCAAUGCGGUGAAGAGAAUGAGAAUCGAUGUGUUGCAUUUUGGAAAUGCAAGAGCUCCAGGACGCUGAACGAUAAAUAUGAAAUCGAUAUAAUUACAAGCGACGAAUGUCAUUACUUAGAGACAUGCUGCCCCGAUGCGGAGAUUCUAAAUGCUUCGAGACCGGUUAGCAAUUCAGUCCCCUCCAAAUGUGGCUAUGGCACAAAUAAUGGUGUUAUUAUGACCAUUAAGGGAAAAAGAGCGAGUGAAUCGAAUUUCGGAGAGUACCCCUGGACUGUUGGUGUAUUUGACAUGGAGGAUAAAUAUCUCUUUGGUGGUUCAUUGAUCUCAGUAAAGGUCGUGCUAACCAGCGCAAGUGAACUGAUUUCAAAACACCGGAAGGUUCGAGCUGGUGAAUGGGAUAUGAAAACCAACAAAGAGGCAUUGUCAUAUGAAGAGAGAUUCAUCAAAGAGACUGUGAUACAUCCCAAGUUUGAUUUUAAUGUGUAUGCAAAUGAUGUGGCGCUGCUUAUUUUGGAGAAACGAUUCAAACUGUUCUCGCACAUUCGACCCAUCUGUUUGCCCAGCAACAUUGAACUGAACAAGAACAAAUGCAUUGUGACAGGCUGGAAUGAUAAUAGAUGGUCGGAUCAAUCCAUUAUGAGAGCAAUGGAACUUCAGUUAACUCAAUGUAAAACCUUUGUACACAAAACUCUGCUGUGUGUAACAGGUCACAAUUCGGAUCUCGCCUUUGGAAACGGCUCACCACUGGUAUGUCCCGAACAAGGUAGUACCAAUCGGUAUUAUCAAAUUGGAAUUUGGAGCCAUGGAAUCUCUACAAAUGGAACGAAAUUUACUGACGUUCAAGGUCAAUAUGAGUGGAUAAGAACAGAACUUGCUAAUCGUAGUAUUUCUAUUAGUUAAAGGAAGAAAGAAUAGUCUCGCAAAAUUACAAUCGAAAAUCUUAGAGGGUUUCUUUCUAUAACUUAAUAUUCAAAAUAUCAUCAUUUGAACAAUGUUAACAAUAUAAUAAAAUUAUGUUUCUUUAUAUUUUCAAUGACAACAAAGAAACUAGUUAAUAUUUCUAUCAGUUUAAGGCGAAAAUUUAAUUUCUUAUGCUUUCUGUAUUAGCCUCGCUAUAUUACAAUCAAUAAUCAUAGAUGGUUUCGGAUAUUGUCGCAAUUGUAUGAUCAUUAAUUCAAUAUUCAAAAUAUAAUCAUUUCAAUAACUUAAACAAUAUA